GGACAUUUUUGCAACAUGCAAUGAUGCAUCCGCGGCCACUAGCAACAAACCAAGCCGAGGGCAUGCAGAAGGCCGUCAAACGGAAAGCCACAACAGACGAGCAAUCCUCACAGCUGAAAAGAAGGCAGAUUGCAAGAGAACGAUGGAACAUACUUAUUGAGACAAUUCAUGGCCAGCGAACAUCACAGACUCAGCAGUCGGUCGUCUCAGUUCGACGAUUUCAGAGUUACGGUCUUCUGCAAACACAGAAGAUAAAGACGCCAGAGUGUGAAAAUGAGACUGAAGAUGCAUCUUGGUACCAAUACAGCUGCCAUUCUUUCCCAAAUCUUUCCUUGAUAGUGAGGCAUUUGAGUGAAACCAUUAAGCCUUCAGACCUGCUUGGCUUUAACAAUACAGGAAAUGUUUGCGUUUGGCCAUCUGAAGAAGUGAUGACAUACUACUGUCUUCAGAACCAUGACAAAUUUGCGGAUGCUAAUGUCAUAGAAGUUGGUGGUGGCAUGACCUGUCUGGCUGGCAUGGCAGUGGCUACUUGUUCCAAAGCAAGUCGGGUAGUGCUUACUGAUGGAAAUGAACAGUCCAUAUCAAACUUGCGUCAUAUCAUUGGGCAGAACAAGACAGGAGGCACUUCCCUCAGUGCAAGAAUGCUGCGCUGGGGUCCAACUCUUGUUGAUCAAGAUUUAAAGGAGCAGUUUGAUAUAGUUUUAUGUGCAGACUGUUUAUUUUUUGAUGAAGGCAGGAAACAUCUUGUUCAAACACUUCACAGCCUCCUGAAACCUAAGGGAGAAGCUUGGAUCUUUGCUCCAUCUAGACACAAAACAUUUUACAUGUUUACUGACCUUGCCAAAAACUUCUUUGAUGAAGAACAACCUGAAGUGUAUGAUACAACAGUAUGGAGACUGCAUAAGCAGUUGCAGGCAAGUUCAGAGGUUUAUGAUGAGAAUCUUCACUUCCCACUCUUUGUUCGGCUAAUAAAGGGUGAUCCAACCAAUGACAGCCGUGACACAACACCUGAAUCUCGAUAGUAUUCUUGACACUUCACACUCUGGCAAACAGAAUCUAAUCCAUUUAACUGUACCCGCGCACAAUACCUGAAUCUCAGGAGAAUCUACUCCACUUUAACCACACUUUUAGUGGAUAUUUAUAUAUAACUAAUAUACUUAAAAUGUAUUACUAAAAGAAACAAAUCUGUUUAGAGAUUAGAAGGCACUGUAGCAUGAUGUUUCAGAACAAAUCUAUGAUUCAAAGCUCUAUCAGACCUGUGUGAAUGAUAAAAUCCAUUUGUCAAUCUAGCAGCCAUGUGUAUCAGAUUUAUUUUUGGGGGGAAAGCUGGCAGGAGAGGGUUGUGCCUCUACCUUUUACAUGCCGUGUUCUACAGAUGGGGAACCACUUUUGCAUCACAUUUAAAGGUAUCUCGGAAAAAAGAAGUUUCAAUUUUUAUCUAUAAUAACCACUCCUUUCCUGGAUAUGUUACUAAGAACGUGUAACAUUUUGGUUAUUUGGCGUAUCUACAUCAUGAAGGAGACUUCAUCACGGAUGUAAUAAUGUUGAUAUUGUAAACCAGGGAUGCCACUUCCGGCUUACUCUUUUCAACCAGACACAACAUAAUUUUAUUUUAAACGUGAUGAUUUCAGCAAAACCGCUAUGUUUUGGCCCGCAAGAUUUUAUAUCAUGUCCAGUCUGGACUUGGGGAGAAAAGGUUGGACAACACUGUUGUAAACGUUGUACUCACAGUGCAAGAUCUGAUAUAAGAUGAUCAAUUUUUUAAAUAUUUUUCUUCUUUACUUCCAGAUAUUUUUCCAGCACUCAGAUAUUAAUGCUUAUGUGCAUAUAGAAACCAGGUACAAAUGUGUAUGUUUUCCUUUCCGAAGACAUACUCUGCUGAAGAAGAAUAAGUGAAUGGGUCAAUAGAAUCUUUGAACUGGUUAUGUCCUGAUCAUGAACAUUAGAGAGAGUGUUGCCAACCCAGGUUUAAUAACACAUUCCACUACUAAUGUUUUUAAUUUGAAAAAAAUGUUACAAAGUUUUAGCUUUCAUCUUGUGUUAUUUUCUGCUUGUGAUAAAAUUAACUUUAUGUGAUGUCUCCCAUUUCAUAGAUCUUUAUAAACAAUCCAGUUUUGUGACCAUUCCAAAGGUGUACUAGGUUUCCUACAUUAUUUACGUUAAUAGAUAGUUUAGGUGUAUUGUAACCAUUCCAGAAAUUUGUUGCAUUUGUACUGCUGUUGUUUUCUUGCAGAAAGUCCUUAUAGCCAGUUUUACAGUAUAGUCAUUCCAUUAAGCUAGUGCAAUAGAUGAGAGCUAAUAAGCAUGUGGUGUGACAAAGAGUGUGAACUUCAUGUAAAUCCUUUGUUUCUUGGACAGUUUUUAUGCUGGUUUCUGAUCAGCUUUUUUCUGCACACUAAAAAUUGUAUUAACAUUGUGUAAUCAGACAACCUGUAAGGACCUCGCAACUUUGAGAAAACAAUUGCCAUCAAAGAUUUAAACAUAAACUCAAACUGAAAAUACAACAGGCAAAUAAUGAUAUCCUUUUAAAUGCCUUAAUCACAUGGCGCAGAUAGCCUGAAAGUAUAAAAUGUUGGGCAUGCUGCGAUCAAGAUUUUUGAGCACCAUUACUUUGUCAGAUCAGUUUUGCUGUUACUAGGAAGUUCUUGAAGUACUAAAUAUUGUGAGUCCAAUCUACAACAAAUCUUUUAUUGUUAUCAUUUUGCUUAUUUUUGCAAGCCUUCAUAUUGUGUCUUUAUGCAUAUGGAUGGUUGUAAAAUGCUUGACUGCAGAAUAAACAGAAAUAUCUCCCCAAAUCA